UGACUGGAGCUUGUCAGUUUUGUCUUAACUGGAAAGCUACAGCAUAUUCUACAGGAGGAAAUAAACAACUCCUAUGUGAAAAGAUUAUUGUCGAGCAGGUUUUAAUAUUUUGCGACCCUGCAGCUGCAUAAGUUAAAGGUGUAACAGUAUGAAAGGUUUAUACUGCCGAGCUGGAGUGAGUGAUGCUGAGCCCAAGUUCGUUAUUCAGGAAACGAGUCUUCCAGAGGUUUUAGGUAACCAUCUGGUCAGAGUUCAGGUGAAGGCGUGUGGACUCAGCCCGCUGGACCUCAAGCUGCUCGAUGACGUGGGGAUCCAGAGAGAAUUAAUUCCUGUUGGCAGAGAGGUGGCCGGGGUCGUCCUGCAAGUGGGCGAUAAGGUCUCUUUCUUCCAGCCAGAGGACGAGGUUGUAGGUAUUUUGCCCCUGGACUCUCCCUUCUCUGGCCUCUGUGAUGUCAUUGACAUAGAUGAACACUUAUUAGUUCAGAAGCCAGAGAAGCUCAGCUCGGUAUGUGUGGCAGGAGCACUGCGUGAUGGCCUCUGUGCUUACACUGCUCUGCACACACACGCUCGCAUGGCAGCAGGACACACACUCCUGGUCAUGGACGGAGCCAGUUCUUUUGGCCUUAUGUGCAUCCAGUUGGCUUGUUACCACGGAGUGAAGGUUUUAACCACAUCACACUCGCCGCAACAACACACAUUCCUGGAGCAGCUUCGGCCCAGCGUAGGUGUUCAGGAUCCUUUAGUAGCCAAGGUUAUUCCAGUUUAUAACGACUCAUCAGACCUGCUGGCAGUGGUUUUGGAGGAGACGGGAGGACUGGGAUUGGAUAUAGUCAUAGACUCUGGAGUGCGUCUGCAGGAGGAAGGGCCAGAGGAGACGAAGCUCCUCCCACACAAGCAUGACAUCAUCAGUGUGCUGGGAGUUGGUGGGCACUGGGUCACAUCCCACAAAGACCUGCAGUUGGAUCCUCCAGAUUGCAGAUAUUUGCACCUAAAGUCAGCCUCCAUUUCUUUCCUCAACGAUGAAGUGUGGACGGCUUCAUCAGCUCAGCAAGGAAGAUACCUCCAUACUCUGAAGGACAUUGUGGAGAAGAUGUCAGCUGGAGUACUCAGACCUCAGCCUGAGGAGGCGGUCCCCCUUUAUGAAGCCACGGUUGCCAUGGAGACUGUCCAGCGUCAUCAGAAGAAAAAGGCUGUUGUUCAACUCUGACCACAUUCAUCUGAGAUUCACAGAAAUCACUUCUUCGUGCAUUUUAACUGUUUAUUAUAACAAGUGGUUGUUUUUACGUGCAAAUUGUUUCCAGGGGGCUGAAACUGGGAAAACUGAAGCAUGCAUCAUGUAGGGGGACAUCACGUCUGAGCUAACACUGAGAAAUAGACACUCAUAUUAACACCUGUGGUCAGAGUCUCCAGUUAAUUUGACCUGCUUGAC